AUGGCCGAUGUUAUUCGGCAACUCAAGAUCGCCAUGCCCAGGCUCAAGACCGUCUGUUAUCGGCAGGAUAAUGCCGGCUGCUACCACUGUGGAACCACUCUCAUCUGUGCAGCAGCCCUUGGCCAUGAAGAAGGUGUCAAGAUCAGGCGUCUAGAUUUUUCUGAUCCACAAGGGGGCAAGGCGGCAUGUGAUCGGAAGGCUGCGACUAUUAAGUCCCAUAUGAGGAUUUAUCUUAACGCUGGAAAUGAUAUCGAGACGCCUGAGCAGAUGAGGGACGCGAUACUCUCUUCUGGUGGAGUUCCUGGUGUUAACGUAGCAUUGUGUGAGACUGUCCAAGUCCCGAAGGUGCUAUCUUCAAAGAUAGAUGGUAUUAGUCAGCUCAGUAAUGUCGAGUACAAGGAAGAGGGGCUACUAGUUUGGAGGGCGUAUGGUAUCGGCGAUGGUAAACUCAUCCCUACAGACAAAUUGCAUUGCCCAUCCCCAUCUGACCUACCGACCCUUACCGGAGUUACUCGCUCUUACUCAGGCGCAUUUACAUCUGUCAAGGAGAGGCGCAUAAAAGCAUCAGUUCGAGAUCCAGAUCCACCAAUGAAUAUCGAAGAGGAAGACAGUAACGCGGCGAUCUUCAGUUGUCCUGAGGAAGGUUGUGUCAAAACAUUUGUGAGAUAUUCAUCAAUGCAGCGGCAUUUAGACUGUGGAAAACACCAACGUGCUCUUGAGCGAUCUACUCUACUGGAUAAAGCUGCUGUUGGAUAUGCUCAAAGGCUUGAGGGGCAAUGCGAAGCUGUUCCCGAGCUGGAGGCAGUUGCAGAACCGCCAUCUUCUCACGACAUGCUACCAAAGGGUUGGGCGCUCAAGUCAAGUGCUUCCCGUAGAUCUAGAUUUACGUACAAGCAAAAGAACUACCUGACUGAGAAAUUUCAACAAGGUGAGCGGUCAGGACGAAAAAGUGAUCCGGCAUCAGUUGCGCGCUCUAUGAUGUCUGCCGUGGACUCACAAGGGAAACGGAUGUUCAGUAGUGAAGAGUUUCUGACUGCAUCUCAGGUCGCUGGAUUCUUCUCCAGACUUGCGGCAAAGAAGUCUCUCUUUAA